CGAUUAUUUGGAAUUGUGGCCCUGCAAAUAUUGUUUCUAUUUUCAUUCCAAUUGCUUAUGAUAAUAUGCCCCGCUCGUGGUUGUUCAAUUAGCGAACCCACUGAUAACGUAAGCUCAUGUCCACCCACCCAGUGGCCACAUCACCCACUUUACCUAGCAACCGCUUUGACCACAACUUCGGUUCGAACAUGUCAAAGGACAAUUAUACAAUAGACAGGACAUGGUUCGAUUUUGAACGUCCAAGACGCAGGUUGUGUCCGCUCGAAGGAGAUGAAGAAGUUCCGCGCCAAGGCGAGUUCCCUGCAUUUUAACGGUCGGAUAACCGACGCCACCACACUGACCACCACUUCGCUGCAGUUACCUUUGGGUCACUCCCUAAGGAAGCAAUCCUCGUGCACCAGGGUCCUGCCUACGGUUUUUACCAUUACGGACGGCACCACCGGAGCGGCCAGUACCUCCUUGGCGGAGGCGAUGUCCAGCAGCAAGGCCCAGGUGCCCUCUUCGCGGCAGGAGAGCCAGAACCUUCUCCAGCUCAGUGUUCCGCGGGAGGCGGCAAUCGGUGUGGCUGGACCGGAACUGGCCAACUACGAAAAGGUGCGGGUGGUGGGCCAGGGAUCCUUUGGCAUUGCCAUCCUGUAUCGCCGGAAGUCCGACGGCCAUCAGAUCGUCUUCAAGCAGAUCAAUCUGAGUGAAUUGACGCCGCCUGGUCGGGUAGCCAUGAACGAGGUGGACGUGUUUUCAAAGUUACAUCAUCCGAAUAUUGUCAGUUACCUCGGUAGCUUCAUCAAGGACAACAUCCUGAUCGAGAUGGAGUACGCAGAUGGGGGAACUCUAGCCCACAUCAUCGCUGAGAGACAGGGCAAGUUGCACUUUCCGGAACGCUAUAUAAUAGCCGUAUUUGAGCAGAUCUCCAGUGCCAUUAACUACAUGCCGGAGAACAUCCUGCAUCGGGAUUUAAAGACAGCGAAUGUCUUCCUCAACAGAGAGGUAUUUAAAAUCGGGGACUUUGGCAUUUCCAAAAUAAUGAACACUAAGAUUCAUGCCCAGACUGUUUUGGGCACUCCCUACUAUUUCAGUCCGGAGAUGUGUGAGGGAAAGGAGUACGACAACAAGAGUGACAUCUGGGCCCUGGGCUGCAUUCUGGGCGAGAUGUGCUGUCUGAAGAAGACGUUCGCCGCCUCUAACCUCUCCGAGUUGGUCACCAAGAUAAUGGCUGGAAACUACACGCCCGUGCCCUCGGGUUACACCUCGGGACUUCGUAGUCUUAUGUCCAAUCUGCUCCAGGUGGAGGCUGCCAAGCGACCCACUGCCUCCGAGGUUUUGGUCUAUUGGAUUCCGCUGAUAUUCCGAAGCCUUGGAAAAAACAAGGGUAUGUACUCCUAUGAGGAUGAUGUCGGCGGCAGCAGUGGCAACCAACUGACGGCUUCUGAUCCCACUACCUCCCACAGCAACGUGUCCAUGGAUCUGGAAUUGCCCACCGCCCAAACGGAGACGAAGCAGUUGAUGAGUGCGGAGACGGCGGCGCCGCACGAGAUCUCGAGAAACGGUAAUGGCUUAGUCCAGUCCGACGCUCUAAUCCAGAAGCCCACCUGCAGAUCCGUGCUGUACCAGCUGAAGGCCUUCGGCACCUGCUUCAGCAUGGCGCCUAUCCAGCUGCCACCCAAGGCCGUCAUCGUGGACGUGGCCAUGUCGGAUUCCCACUUCGUGGUGGUUAACGAGGACGGAUCUGCGUACGCGUGGGGUGAGGGCAGCCACGGACAGCUGGGUCUCACAGCCCUGGAGGCCUGGAAGCACUACCCCAGUCGCAUGGAGAGUGUGCGCAAUUACCAUGUGGUGGGUGCCUGUGCUGGCGACGGAUUCACCAUUCUGGUCACCCCGGGCAGUCUCCUCAGCUGCGGAAGCAAUGCUAAUCUGGCUGGGCAGGAUGAGCAACGCAACUAUCACACUCCCAAGCUGGUCAGCCGACUGGCGGAUGUGCGGGUGGAGCAGUUGACCGCUGGUCUCCACCACGUCCUGGCCUUGAGCAGGGAAGGAGCGGUGUACGUGUGGGGCACCAGUACCUGCGGAGCCCUCGGUCUGGGUAAUUACCAGCAGCAACAAAAAUUCCCUCAAAAGAUUCUACUGUCUCAUGUGAAAACCAAACCAUCAAAGAUUUACUGCGGUCCCGAUACCUCCGCCGUGCUGUUCACAAAUGGAGAAAUCCAUGUCUGUGGCAGCAAUGACUACAAUAAACUCGGUUUCCAACGUCCUUCGAAGAUCACAGCUUUUAAGAAAGUCCAGUUGCCUCAUAAGGUGAUUCAGGCUUGCUUUUCGUCCACUCAUUCGGUGUUCCUGGUGGAGGGCGGCUAUGUUUACACCAUGGGGCGAAAUGCGGAGGGUCAGCGUGGAAUCAGGCACUGCAACUCGGUGGAUCAUCCCACACUCGUGGAUUCUGUCAAGGCCCGAUAUAUUGUGAAGGCAAACUGCAGUGACCAGUGCACCAUUGUCGCAUCGGAAGACAAUAUCAUCACCGUUUGGGGCACGAAUGGUCUGCCCGGGAUUGGUUCGAGCAACUGUGUUGGACUGGAGAUGUGCACACCCAACACGGAAUUGGAGCUGGGCAACAACACGGCGGCUUUCACAAACUUUCUGGCCUCGGUGUACAAGUCCGAGUUGAUACUCGAACCAGUGGAUAUAUUAGCUCUCACAUCUCUACAGUCUCUAUUCCUCCAAGAGCAGUGCGACCGAGGUUACUACGUCCAGGUCCAUGACGUAUAUCCACUGGCUCACAGCGUUUUGGUGCUGGUGGACACGACCACUCCACUUAUAUCCUCCUAUGAAGGCGACUACCCGCAGCUUUAGGUUUAAUAAAUCAUAAACAUACCAUGAUUAUGUGCAUAUUUUCCAUAUGUUUUGGUAAUACAUUUAUUGGUUUCCAAAUGUAAUUUUAAUAGUUAAAACUACAACUAAAGCGAA